CAUCCUCUUCUUCUUCUUCUUCUUCUUCACCAUUAAACUUCAAACCUACCAUCUUCUCUUUCCCAAUCUCCGCCAAUUCCACUCUCCACACGACAUUGCUUUUUCUUUGCUCGUUAUUGUUAGUUGUUUGUUCAUUUCCCCAACAACGCUUCCCUUCUAAUCAACCACCGCCCUCGCCUCGCCCUCCCUCCUUAAAUCUCCCCUUCCACUUUCAAUUUCUUCGAUCAACCUCUCAAAGACUGAACCCGGCAUUUUAUGCUCUCUCAAGGACAAGGAGGAGCCGGAGCCGGAGCCGGAGCCGGAGCCGCUGUAUCUAUGUCGACUAUUUCCAAAGAUGACAACCUGGUAUUCUCGUCUGAGGACUCCUCCUCCCCAGACGACUCUGACAUCGAAUUGGGCCUAGGGCUCACCCUCCGUGUUCGCGAUUCCUCACGCAAGAUUCAGAAAGUUGCCAUGCUUCAAUUUGCCAAAAUUUUGACGGCUCAGGACUUUCCUUCCUCCAUCUCUUCUCACUCGUCUAUGUCCUCAUCCACUUCAUCCGUGUGUUCCUCGUCUUCGCUUUGUGGACCCAAUAAUGUCACUACUGGCCGCUCCAACAGAAUUUCUGAUUCUGCAGCGCCCACUAAUGGCGGCAGAAGUAGCCAGGUCGUGGGAUGGCCCCCUAUCAGAGCUUCUAGGAUCAGUACCUUGGUCAACCAGGCAAAACCUCAAUCUGGAGAAGAAGUCAAGGUAGAUUCUGGCAAGAAUAAGAGCAAGCAUACGGAGGCAGGGACACUUGAUGGUGUUUGUGAGAAAAACAAAGCAAAUCAAGAGAGUAGGAAUUCCAGAAGUUCUUUGUUCGUGAAGGUGAAUAUGGAUGGAGUUCCCAUUGGGAGAAAGGUUAACCUCAGUGCUCACCGCAGCUAUGAAACAUUGGCCCAGACGCUAGAGAAUAUGUUCCUAGAUCCCACUGCACUAGUUGAUUCAUCUGGAUCGAGCAUAAAGGAACGUGACAUAGUGAGACCCUCCAGACUUCUAAACGGACUGUCUGAGUACAUGCUUACUUAUGAAGACAGGGAAGGAGAUUGGAUGCUUGUUGGGGAUGUUCCUUGGGGAAUGUUUACCAACUCCGUGAAGAGGCUUAGGAUAAUGAGAGCAGCUGAAGCUAAUCGAAUUGGCACGUGAGGUGCCAGCAAGAUUGACUUCACCAGUUUUUUUUCUGUACACCACCUGUUUUCUGAGGGCAAUUUGCAGCUCUGUAAGCAGCCAGAGAAGGGAUUAGUAAUAUAUGAGGAGGCCAAUAUGUAUGGGACUGAGGCAACCGAUUUAAGCUGGAGAACUGUGCGAAGGAGAGGUAAUAUAGGCUCAGCGUUUUGAAAAGAAAAGGAUUGUCCUUUUUUCUUUUCCUCUCUUUUUUUCUUUUUCUUUUUCUGGAAUCUCUGAUCUUGUUUCCCCUGCUCUGGGAAUUGUCAACUUGUGUAUUUUUUAAGUCACAGCCAUGAAGUUAUGCACAUAUACAGAUGUGGGGAUGUUUAUGUUGUGAAUAUGAGAGCACAAAAUGCUCUGCUUAAGCCUUCUCGGCCUGGGGAUGAUGCUUCUUUCUUCUUAAUGCUGUAAUAUUCCCUGUUCUAGUUUUCUCCUCACUCAAUGGAGAUUGGAGCAUAUGAGUGGUCCUGUGUGUGUUUGUAAACAGGGCAAAUUUUGGAAUUUCAAUAAAAUGAUGGAUUAUUGCUUAUAAUAAUA